GUGUACCGUGUAAAAAAACAUCUACAAGACUUGUUUCAUCCUUCUGCAGUCAUUUUAUUGGACUCGCCAAGUUCCAUUAUUGCACUGUAAUAAUAAAGGUUCAGUUAGUCGUCCAUUCACUGUCAACGAGACAAGUCAAGUCCCAUGCAAAAGCUGAUUUGCACACACUCUACGCAAGUUGAAAAGUGGUUGAUUUUGCAGAGUGGUGGAGGAGGGAGGAUACAUGAAAAAAGCGAGAGUGCACAUUGGGAAGAAUUUGCACAUUUUGUGGGAAAAGGCUGAAUUGUUGAAAUCCAGUGGGAGCAGAAAAGUUGGGCUCAGCCAGAGCUUUAAUCGGGCUGCUUAAAGCCCAGGAAGGAAAUCUGCCAUGAUCGAAUAAGUAGUUUUAUUUCCCAGUCCUGGAAAUUCCAUCCAACGAAAUCAGGACAAAGGAUGUCGAGUCGAUAAACUGCGAAUGUAAUCUAAUCUCAUCAGUCUCUCCCACAUGCGCAUUAUUCCCAUUUCGACGGAAAACUAUCUCUGCUAUUUCUUUGAUAUUGAAAUAUUUUCAUCCAGGAGACACAAAUCAACGGAUACGAUUACUUGUUUUGUUCGCGUUUGCCCAAAAUAGUGCAAGUUUUGAUCAAUCCAUGGAAACUUUAUGCCGAUUCACUACAUUCAAAGUACUAAAUGGUGUGAUAAAACUUGUGGAAAUUGUGACAAAAAUUAGGUGGUAACGAUUCCAUUGGAGAAAUACUUGCCCAAUUUUUGGCAGAUUCUGUCUCGUUGUUUGGUCCGUUUCUUUGUUAGAAACGCAUCUCACCGCAUCUUCCCGCCUGUUCCGAGCUGGACAUGACUUCGAAAGUCCUCUGGGUGGGGUCUUCCUCAACCUACUCGACCCACAAAAGCGUCACCUCGACUCCGGCCAAGAAGCAGGACGUGUUUUACGAGAACAUCAACCAUCGUCGCGGUCAAGACGUCACUGACUCCACUCAAAACAAGAACUGCACGGUCAAAACCUUGUCCUUGGUUCAGCAGCAGGCCCAGAUUUUCAAUUCUGCCAACAACAACAACAAUAACCACCAACGCCAGCAGUAUCAGAAUGGAAACCACAACUCAAACUCAUCUUAUUCCGACACGAUUGUUUACGAUGUGCCCAAAGCGAGUGCAGAACGUAUUUACGCCCUCCCCACAGCAGCAGUAGCAGCACCGUCAUCAUCCGCGCUAGUCGUCGAGAACGUGCUGGUUCCUUCGGCGGCGAGACUGGUUUUAAGUCAGCAGAAGCAAAGUAGCAGUGGGAGUGGGAGUGGGAGUGGGAGCACGAGGAGCGACUUGCUCGACGACGACGACGACGACGAGGACACGCUCGACAUUUCGGACGACGAAGGCGAAUUCGACGUGGAGGACAGGACAGAGUUUGACGAUUUUGACGAUGACAUUGUCCACCCCCCGAAGCCCACGGGAAGUGUAGGAGGAGAGAGUAGAAACAAUUUCAAGUACGCGGCGCCCCCACCGGAACAAAAUUUUAAUAGUUAUGAUGACGCCGAUUAUGGUUUGGAAGUGAUUCACGAGGAGACGGAGAGUCAAAUGUCGUCUUCCGAUUCUGAGCUGGACUUUGACAGUGACACGAAUUCUGGAGGGAAGACGGGGGGCAGUCGACGACCGGCCUUCCCCUUCCUCCCUACAUCUUCCCCCCCAAGUAGAGCCAAGGAGGGGGCGAGGGGGCUCAACUUCUUCGAUGCCCCGCCCUUGCCCGAAACGACCACGAUGCGACACGACGCUUCCCCAGAGGAAAUCUUCCAGGCGGAGGAGGGGUUGUCCCUCGAGGAAGGCGAGGAGGGCAUAGCCAAACAUAUUCGAAUCUCGCCCAAUUGGGACCCGGAACCCAUCUUGACCCGAUUGUACACGAUGCAGGAAUCUAAACCAUUAUUAAACAAUAAGAACGCGAAGAAGGACUGUUUGAGUGGGUUUUUAAAUAUUUUGAGUGGAAAUAGAAAAAAGGGAACGUUUUGGAACGCUUGGAAGAGAAAAUUCUAUGUUUUAUCGGCCGGAAAGUUGAAUGGUUAUGAGAAGGAAAAUUGUCUCGAUCUUUUCCAAACGAUCAAUUUGGUGGGAGGAAAGGUGGACUUCUUGGACCCCGCAGAUUUCGUGGGGACGGAUCAGAACAAAACCAUGACCAAUCGCAUCAUCGGGAUUGAUGACGCCAAAGGACAUUACUACGUCCUACAAUGCCCCACGGUCGCAGAAGCAGGAAAAUGGGUGGCCGCCAUACAGUACGAAACUCUCCCCUCACUAACUUCCCAGUACGCCAUUCCCCUCUUCUCCAAGUUGCCAUCCAUGUUCAAAGACCUCGUUUUGGUCGAUUUCGGCUCAACUAACAUUCGCGCUGGCGUCUUAAUGCAUCAAGCGACCCUUCCUGCCCUGUUCUUUGCCGCCGUGACGUCACAAAACGACCAGGAUGGCACCGUCAUUUACGGGAAUGAUGUCUACCUCCGGGAAAACAGGAAAACUGCAAAGCUCAAGUUUCCUUUUGAAGCGUCGUCAAAAAUGUGUCAGAAUAAUUUGAACAUUGACGCCGUGAAGGGAUUUCUCCUCAAGAUAUUUAAAGAAUUAAAAGUGGAGCCGGAGCGGUAUCGUGUCAUUAUAAAUUUACCCCGCAGGGUGGACGACGCCUGUAAAAAGAACAUCUUGGGAGUUUUGUUUAACACGUUUCAGGCAAAAAGUGCUCUCCUCUGCCAUCAGAGUGUCGUCUCGUUCUGGGCGUACUCGGCGGACAACGGGAUCAUUUGCGACAUCGGGGAACGGUGUGACAUCGUCCCCGUCUCGCAAGGAUUCGUCCUCUCGCACGCCUGGGGCAGGGCACCCUUUGGAGGCCAACCUCUGAAACAUGCCCUUCGACAAGGACUUGGCCCCCAGGAGAACGGGCUGUAUUUGUCCACCCCGACGGAGAACCUCGUGCUGCGCUUCAUCACGGAGAACUUCAUCUACACGAGUGGGCAGAGCACGAGGAAAAUGUCGCAAGAGAGUCAAGAGAUCGUGGUGGAGAUGGACCUACGAGACGUGCUCUCCAUCCCUAAUCUCAUCGGGGUCAAUCAGAACGUGCUGAGGGGGGUAGCAGACGGAUUUUUCGACCCCGGCAUGUACGGCUUGGAUUGUGACCCCUUGCCAAAGAUUUUACACAAGAGUUUACAGGAUUGCGGGAUGGAUAUCCGGAAGGAAAUGUCGCAGCACAUCUUCGUCACGGGAGGAUGCACCAUGUUGCCCGGCUUCGUGGAGCGACUCGAAGUCGAGCUGACCAAGCUUUGUCCGCCCCAUUUGAAGCCCAAGAUUCAAGCUUCGCCUUACCGAUACCACGCCAGCUUCAUCGGUGCCUCCGUCCUGUCCACGACGGAGGCAUUCGAGAAGUCCCUGAUACAUCGGAGCAAGUAUGACGGAGGGCCGGGACCCACCCACUGGACCGUCUAAGGACCAGGAAAUCUAAGAAAUUAGUUUCCUCUAGUCUACUCUCUCUCUCUCUCCCUCGGCACACUCGAUAUUUCCAAAUUGGUCACAAUUUCCCAUUUGCUCGCACAUUCCGAAUUGAAAUUAUGUCCCGAUGCGUAAUUAUUUUGAGAUUCCGUGUGAUUUUUUUAGCGUGAUCUGACAGUAAAUGAUUUUGCACACUGAUUUAAUUUUGUUUCCCAAUCUUGACUAGAUUAAUUGUAUAUUUAUUUCGAAAAAUCUUUGUAGAAAAGUGAGCAUAUUUUUUUCCUUGAUAAAUUCAUGUUGUGAUAUCGACGCCUUUUUCGAUAGAUUGAUGACUGUUAUCAGGUUAAGAUUUAGGGAUAGAUUUUAGUAAAAAUAUUAUUAAUUAAGCAUUAUAAUGACGCCUCACUUUAUACGUAUAACUACAUAACUAUUUUGGUAGAAUAGUUUGGAAAAAUGCAAUUAAGUCUUAAAAGACGACGUCAAUAAAUAAAUUUUUGAAUUUACAAAAGUAAUGUAA